GAAAUUUUUAAACACAUGUGAGUUUGAACUAUCAAAACAUUGAAAAAUAUUUUAGUGAAAACCAGUGGAAAUCAUGAAAAGUCACGAGAAAAUCUUAAUGCAAAAAAUUGCACGUCGUGAGAAGAUAAAGAAAAAGCUGAAAAAUAAGCAGAUGGAGGAGGAAAAUGAUAGUUUUGAAGAUAAUGUUGCGGAAGAUCCAAUUGAACAGCCUAAGAAGCAAAAGAACGAGGAUGAUAAAGUCAAGAAUAAGAAAAAGAAGAAACAAAAGACAGUCAAUGGAAAUAAUGGACAUGCAGAUGAGGAAUCAAUGGAAACUGAUGAGAAUGGAACUAAAGAAGAAAACGAUAAUCUUGAAGAAUUGCCAGGAACAUCAACAAUGUUGGAGACAUUAUUGAGCGAUAAUAGUUUCGAGUCAUUAAAAGGUAAAAUUAGUGAUGCAUCGUUGAGAGCGAUAAAUGAAAUGGGAUUCACAAAAAUGACAGAAAUACAGGCAAAAUCAAUUCCUCCACUGCUUGAGGGCCGAGAUUUAGUUGGUUCUGCGAAAACAGGCAGUGGAAAAACAUUGGCAUUUUUAAUUCCUGUCGUUGAAUUGAUUCAUAAAUUAAAGUUUAUGCCUCGAAAUGGCACUGGAGCAAUCAUUAUAAGUCCAACAAGAGAACUUUCAAUGCAAACUUUUGGUGUUUUAAAAGAACUAAUGGAUAAACAUCACCAUCAAACGUAUGGCUUAUUAAUGGGCGGUGCAAAUCGUCAAUUUGAAAGUGAUAAACUGUCAAAAGGUUUAAAUAUUAUUGUCGCAACUCCUGGAAGACUUCUCGAUCAUUUACAAAAUACACCCGAUUUUCUGUACAAAAAUCUUCAGAUUUUAGUAAUAGAUGAAGUUGACAGAAUAUUAGAAAUUGGUUUUGAGGAGGAUAUGAAACAAAUUGUCAAAUUGUUACCAAAACGUCGACAAACAAUGCUGUUUUCUGCAACUCAAACGGAGAAAACAGAAGCACUUAGUAAAUUGGCAUUAAAGAAAGAACCAAUUUAUGUAGGUGUAGAUGAUAAUAAGGAAGAAGCAACUGUUGAUGGCCUUGAACAAGGAUAUAUUGUCUGUCCAUCUGAUAAACGCCUUUUAGUGCUCUUUACCUUCUUAAAAAAGAACCGAAAGAAGAAGGUAAUGGUCUUUUUUUCAUCAUGUUUGUCUGUAAAAUAUCAUCAUGAACUUUUCAACUACAUUGAUUUGCCUGUAACUUCAAUUCAUGGAAAACAAAAGCAGGCAAAGCGAACAACAACAUUCUUUCAAUUUUGUAAUGCCGAGUCUGGUAUUUUACUUUGCACUGACGUUGCUGCUCGUGGCCUUGAUAUUCCAGCUGUUGAUUGGAUUGUUCAAUAUGAUCCUCCAGAUGAUCCUAAAGAGUAUAUCCAUAGAGUGGGUAGAACAGCUCGUGGUGAAGGUUCUUCAGGACAUGCGUUAUUAAUUCUUAGACAAGAAGAAGUCGGUUUUUUGAGGUAUUUGAAACAAGCAAAAGUGCCACUCAAUGAGUUUGAAUUUUCAUGGAGUAAAAUUGCAGAUAUUCAGCUACAAUUGGAGAGUUUGAUAGCGAAAAAUUACUUUUUGAAUCAAUCAGCAAAAGAAGCAUUUAAAUCAUUUGUUCGAUCAUAUGACUCUCAUCAGCUUAAGACAAUCUUUAGUUUAGGACAAUUGGAUUUGCAACAGGUUGCAAAAAGUUUCGGUUUUAAUCAACCACCAGCAGUUGAUCUAAAAAUGUCACAUAAAUUCAAGAAACCAGAACGUCGUCCAGGAAAUCGAGGAUAUGGAAAACUUGUAAACAUGAAUAAAGAUGACAGCACAAAAGGCGAAAAGCAUAAAUUUAAACACAUACCUGAUCGUAAGCAACUAAAGAAGUUUGCAGAUAAAGUCGUUUAAAUGUAAAAUAAAUGAACCACUUUGAU